AUUUCAUCCUUACCUGUUAUAGAUGACCCACUCAUCUCUGCCCAUUCUUGUAUUUGUGUUGAUCUCGCACUCUCGCUUUCGUUCUCGAUUCUGCACACACACAGCUGAAAACGAUUUUCCAGACAAUGUCGACUCUUCAGGUCCCCUCAUCGCUUCCCUCUACUUCCGAAGACUGUGAACAACUCAAGAAAGCUUUUGCAGGAUGGGGAACAAAUGAGGGCCUAAUUAUCUCGAUAUUAGCUCACAGAAAUGCAGGGCAGCGCAAGUUGAUCCGACAAACUUAUGCUGAGACUUAUGGAGAAGACCUCCUCAAAGCGCUGGACAAAGAACUCACAAACGAUUUUGAGAGAGCAGUACUUGUGUGGACAUUGGAACCUGCUGAACGUGAUGCCUUUUUAGCUAAUGAAGCUACCAAGAAGUGGACGUCAAGCAAUCAGGUCAUUAUGGAAAUAGCUUGUACAAGGUCUUCACAUGAACUACUUCUGGCGAGGCAAGCCUAUCAUGCUCGUUUUAAGAGAUCCCUUGAAGAAGAUGUUGCACAUCACACUACUGGGGACUUCCGCAAGCUUUUAGUACUUCUUGUGAGCUCAUACCGUUAUGAGGGACCAGAGGUGAACAUGACACUGGCAAAACAUGAGGCUAAGACACUCCAUGAGAAGAUCAAAGAUAAGGCUUACAAUGAUGAGGACCUCAUCAGGAUUCUGACCACAAGGAGCAAAGCACAACUUAAUGCUACUUUUAACCACUACAAUAAUGAGUUCGGAAAUGCUAUCAACAAGGAUCUGAAAACUGAUCCCAAGAAUGAGUUCCUUGCUCUUCUGAGAGCUACUGUGAAGUGCUUGACCUUUCCAGAGAAAUAUUUCGAGAAGCUUCUUAGGCUGACGAUCAACAAGAUGGGAACAGAUGAAUGGGCCCUCACUAGAGUUGUUACGACCCGGGCUGAGGUGGACAUGCAACAGAUAAAGGAGGAGUACUACCGCAGGAACAGCGUCCCUCUCGAUAAAGCCAUAAGCAAAGAUACAUCUGGGGACUAUGAAGAAAUGCUUCUUGCCUUAAUAGGGCAUGGGAAGUCUUGAGGAAAGUUGAGUACUUGAGAGAAGAUACUUGAACUUGAUCACAGAAUAUGUUUCUUGCUCAUUACCAUGCUUAGAUGCAUCUAUCCAUAGUUUUCAUGGUUUGAAAUAAAGACAAGUAAUUUAAUAUCCUUGUAUUAGUGCGUAAUUAAUUACUACAUAAUAUGUAAGAGUUGCUUUCA